AUGAAAGCUGCCCGCGCCAGUUGCGAGGGGUACCUCACGUUCCGCACGAGUCCGUCGUCGCCGCCGCCCAUGCUGCGCCACUACUGCUUCCUCGUGGGCACGUCGUUCCACUAUUAUAGCACACAGGAAGAUGCGUAUCACAUGCUGCGGAUCAAGGGCGAAGCGGACGUGUUGGGCGUGCAAGAGUGGGACGGGAAAGGCAAUAUGCACAUUUAUCCGCACGGAUUUUUGUUUGCUACGACGCAGAAUAAGGUGUUUUACGCCUAUGCGGACACGGCCAUGGACAAGGAAAAGUGGAUCCGAGCGAUCCAGACUGUUGUAGAGACGACAGUACCGCGUCUGGCAGCUGCCAUGCUGUUCCAGCAGGCGACAUCGCUGGAGGUUGCUCCGUCGCCAGUGAGCAUCGUGGCAGUGCCAUCGAAUGAGACGGACGUGACGUGCAAUUGUCCGGAUUGCGCGCGGUUGGCGGCUGGAGCUGCGGCGGCAGGCCAACCAGCACCUGCAGGUGCAACGAUGUUGUACAAAUGCAACAGUUGUGAUGGACUGUUUUGUGAUAAGUUUACGACAGGCAAGGUGUCGUUGCCGCAGCGAUCGUGCUACUCUGCUAAGCGCGUCUGCGGUCGCUGCUACGAAGCACAGAAUUACAUAAAUUACUUGCGCGCAAUGGUGGAGCGCCUGAAGGCUGGCAUUUGUUUGUACCCGCGCCAGCUGAACCCUGAGGCACCGAUUGAGCUCAUCAUGCCGAAACGUCCUCUGCAGACUGAGUCGGCUAAAAUUGCGAUCGACUUGCUCAAGGCAAAAGUGAUUACUGCAGAGGAGUGUGAAGAGAUCUUGCUGAAGGAUCGACGAUUUUAUGACCACACGAUGGACCAUCCCGAGAUCCCGCUCGACUUAACGAUAUUGGGUCUCCACCGCGAAUUCCGCGCACGCACUUUUAGCGUGUAUCGCGCCGUCAUAUUGCUGCACCGCCACUUGGAUAGCGAUCCUCUGCUGUUCAAGCCCAUCGUGGAAAAGCUGCUUCAUUUUUCGUACACACGUAUCAACCAAGUGGAGUUUUACUGGCCACAGAUUGUGCAUGCGUAUUUGUCGAUUCCAAACUUUGAUUUUGAGAAGAUUUUCUGGCUGGAUGAGCUUAUACUGUCAGUCUGUUCGCGAUCCAUUCACCUCGCGCUCCUUCUUCGAUGGCAACUCCAAGGUGCACUCGAGGACUCAUUUGAUCCUAGGAAACCCAAGGAGAUGCAGGACAAGUACGCCCGCGUCGUGCGUCUCAUGGUUGAGAUUGAGCGCGAGGUUGCUGGUGUAGACCGAGCGACUGUGCUUAGUCGUGACCCACAGCAAGGGACACCAGAGGUGCACAAACGUAACUUGCCGAUGCCUACAGAUGAUCAGUUACAUCUUAUUGUGAAGCUAACGGAGGAGAUAGCAAACUAUCGUCGGCAAGCACAGGGUUCCGAUGCCGGCACGUUCUUGCCUCAAGGUGGACAUUCAUUUUAUCAGACGUCGUCGUCGUCGUCGUCGAUGGCACAAAGCGGUCUGAGUCGUAGCAAUUCGCUUGAUGUUGAUGUGGAUAGCCGAUUCCGCGAUUUCUCGCGUUUCCAACAGCAUCUGCUUACACCGAAGGAAAACAUAAACUCGAUGUUGCUUUCGCACGGUGCGGGUGAAGAAUCUGAACAAGACGAACGUUUGUCUAUUCUUGAAGAGGAGGAUAGUAACAACGAGCCGACUAGCAUUUUUAGUGAGUCUAUGCGACGCAUGAGUCAGACAGACAAGUCUUUGCUAGCCAAGCAUUUUGCUGACGAGUGCGACUUCGUGGAGCAGAUAACCGAUAUUGCAGAGGCGCUCCGUUUCGUGCCUUCUAUUCAGGACCGAAAGGCCCAGUUGCCAUCGUAUUUGACGAAAUUGCAUCUACCUCCGAUGGCAUACGUGCCACUGGUGAAGGCGACGGAUCCGUUCGAACGUAUUGUGCGGAUACCGACGAAUGAAGGCACUGCCUUUUCGACCAAGGCUCGAGUCCCAAUCUUACUGAUCUUCGAGGUGUUGCGCGGCAACCCGUUUGACGAUGACCAAGCGAUCACGGAGUCGCCGCGAUCUCCUUCGACUCGACCUCAAAACGGUAAUGCACUGGAACCUUCCGAUGUCAACUAUGUUGAAGACGAUGAGAUCGGGAAGCUGAUCGGUCACCAAGCAAUUGAAGCAUUUGGGGCUGAUGCGGGGGGGACGGAUGAGUUUCGAUCGCAAUCUGUAGUUUCUGUUCCUGCUACGUCGCAGCCAUGUCACGCCUCAGUUCCCGUGGCUCGUCGCGUGCCGAUUCCUGAGACACCGAUAGAUGUUUCUGACAUUGUGUCAACGCCGUCGACGGCCCGGUCGAUUCCCACGCAGCUUAAUCAUAUGUCGACUGGUAGCACAACCACAGGCGGCAAAACGACGGGCAAGAGUGCUCCUUCAGUAGCUUUGGAAAUGGAUCUAGAAACUGGUAACUUGACAGCUGAAGCAGUUGAGCGUGAGAAAGCACGUCGAAGGGACUUUGAGGCAGCCUUUGGCGAAUCGUGGAGUUCGAAACGGGCAAGACUGAAAGCAGCGUCGCCAUAUGGCCACCUUCCUGGAUGGGACAUUGUGUCCAUGAUUGGCAAGAGCAACGAUGAUCUUCGUCAGGAGGUGUUUACUCUGCAAUUGAUUCAAAAGUUUGUCGAGAUCUUCAGGAGCGCCAAUCUGCCGAUGUGGGUGAAGAGAUACCGAAUCAUUGCUACGAGUUCAUCCACUGGGCUUAUUGAGACAUUGAUCAAUGCGAUAUCGCUGGAUGGUCUGAAGAAGCGUGAAGGCUACAUUUCGUUGCUUCAUCACUUCAAGAAGUCGUACGGGCCAUCUGACUCGCGGCGGUUCAAGGAAGCUCGGCGGAAGUUCAUCCGGUCAAUGGCAGGCUACUCGUUGGUGUGUUACUUUCUUCAAAUUAAGGACCGACAUAACGGCAACAUCAUGCUGGACAACGAAGGCCACAUUAUCCAUAUUGACUAUGGUUUUCUGCUCGGAAUCGCGCCGGGCGGAAUGCUGAGUAUUGAGACAGCUCCGUUUAAGCUGACUGCCGAGAUGGUAGAAACCAUGGGUGGACAGGAGUCCGAGGGCUUCAAGGAGUACGUGACGCUUUGCACAAGAGGCUUUGUUGCGUGUCAACAGCACUGCGACGAAAUCUGCGAUCUCGUGGAUGUCAUGUCGCGUCAGUCGCCGUACCCGUGCUUUUUGGGCAUUGACGCGGAUUACAUUUUGUUGCGCUUGCGCUCACGCUUCAAGCUGUCAUCAUCCAAACAGGAGACGGUGGCGCACGUGUUAUCGCUCAUCCGCAAAAGCAACAACAAUUACAGCACUCGGCAAUACGACAACUUUCAGCGCAUGACGAACGGCAUUCUCCCGUAG